AUGGCUAAUCCCGGAAAUGUCGCUCGCGGCCUGAAGGCUGCCAUUUCUAACCCCAAUAAUUCUGAGGAGGCCAAGGAGCGCGCUUCCGAAAGGCUCCGGCAAAUGCAGGAGAGCGGCGAGCUCGACUCUCAAGAGGCUCAUGGUGCCAAUGUCGCCAUUGGCCACAAGGCCGCGAUUUCUAACCCAAACGUAUCGGUCGAGGCUAAAGUGCACUCUGCACAGGCCCUUGACGAUAUGAAUGAGUGA